AUGAAUAUGAAAAAGCUUCACGCUAUCUCACAACAACUCUUGUUCUCUCUAUCGAUACUGCUCAAGCACUGCAACUACUUAGUCAUGAAGAAACGUGAUUUUGCCAUUACUUCUGUGCUUUCCGAAGCGGCACUUGCAAUCAUUUCACGAAGAGCAACAACGCAUACAGAUGAAGAAGCAUCUCAAGUAGCAGCAUCAUCUUUUAUAGAGUACCAGCAACUCUACCUAUCAGAUAUGCCUCCAGCUUCUCCUAUUCGAGCUGCCUAUAGACUUCAACAAAACAGUUAUAAUCUCUUGUAUAGAGACGCAAAUAUAGAAGAAAAUGUUAAAUACAAUCCAAAAGUUGAUACGAUGAUAUCAAUAAUGCUCCUUUUAACAACGGUGUAUCUGCAGAUACAGAAACGUAAUCUCCUUGGUAUACUCACAUCAAGAAUCUACUUCAUGCCUUUUUGCAAUAUUCGUAUUCGUACUGUCAGAUUGUUAUAG